CCACUGGGUGUGACUUUACAAACAAAAAUAAAGGAAAAUUCCGUUGAAAGCUUCUUCUUCGUAGAUUUCAUCAUCCCCAACACCAACAAUGAAACGUAGCUUGGGUUCGAAUUCUUCAAACAAUAGUGGCAGUGGGAGUACCAAGAAGGCUAAGAAGAAGAAUCCGAGUAAUCAGAAAACCCUAGGCGCCGCAUGGGGCGCUGCUUCUUCUCGUUCUUCUUAUCGGUCUUCUCCUUUCUCCGAUUUCGGAAGUUACAUGGAAGUGAAGAAUAGGAAACUUCAGAACCAAUUUGAGACUGAGGCUUCUGCUUCUUCUCACGGUGUUUCGGGUUCUGAGAAACUUAUUUUCCAAGGAGUUUCAAUCUUUGUGGAUGGUUUCACCAUUCCUUCCCAUCAGGAGUUGAAAGGAUACAUGAUGAAGUAUGGUGGAAGAUUCGAGAAUUACUUCUCUAGGCGUUCUGUAACACAUAUCAUCUGCAGCAACCUUCCAGAUAGUAAAGUCAAGAAUCUAAGGGCAUUCAGCAGAGGGUUACCUGUUGUGAAGCCCACAUGGAUAGUGGACUCUAUCUCUGCCAACAGACUUCUGGGUUGGGUUCCUUACCAGCUAGAUCAACUGAAUGAUACCCAGCCAAAGUUGUCUGCCUUUUUUGCACCCAGAAGCCAUUUGACCCCUCAGAUACCUUUGCCGGUUACAUCUUGUCAGCCUGAUACUGCAUACAGUGAAGCUGAAGAAGGAAGUUCAAUUAGAGCUGAAGAUUCAGAGGAAGCAAGAGACGACGUUAAUGAUGAGAUUGACGGCGUUUAUAUCGAAAACACUAUUGCAGAAUUGACAGAAGAAACAGGAACUGGUGACCUGAAAUCUUCUGAAAUGAAUGCAGAAAGACUUGGUUAUUAUGACAUAGUAGAAAAAGAAGUUACAAGUGAAAUUCAAUCCACUACCAAUCUUCAUUCCGCUUCAGACAACAAGUCCGUUCAUGUAAAUGGGAAGAAUGAUGGCAAAUCGAUUGCAACCGUUGCUGGAUCUUCUACAAGGCGUCAUUCAACUCUCGAGGAUCCCAAUUUUGUGGAAAACUACUUUAAGAAUUCAAGGCUGCAUUUUAUUGGAACAUGGAGAAACAGGUACCGUAAAAGAUUUCAUGGCUCUUCCAAUGGACUGAAAUGGGCAGAUUCUGGUCAGAAUGCAGCUGAAAUGGCCAAGAAGUCAACCAUUAUCCACAUCGAUUUGGAUUGCUUCUUUGUGUCAGUGGUAAUCAAGAACCGUCUUGAAUUACACGACAAGCCGGUAGCUGUAUGUCACUCAGAUAACCCGAAAGGAACGGCUGAAAUUUCCUCUGCAAAUUAUCCAGCUCGGGCUUAUGGAGUGAAGGCAGGUAUGUUUGUACGACAUGCAAAAGACCUUUGUCCUCAGCUUGUUAUUGUUCCUUAUAACUUUGAAGCCUAUGAAGAGGUAGCUGAUCAGUUUUAUGACAUCAUGCAUAAGCAUUGCAGAAAAGUCCAGGCACUAAGCUGCGAUGAAGCGUUUUUAGAUGUCUCUGAUUUGAGCGAUGUAGAACCCGAAUUUUUAGCCUCGACAAUAAGGAAUGAGAUCCUUGAGACUACUGGAUGCAGCGCAAGUGCUGGGAUAGGUGGUACUAUGCUAAUGGCUCGUCUUGCUACCAGAGUUGCUAAACCAGCCGGCCAACUUCACAUCUCUGCUGAGAAGGUAGAGGAGUUCUUGGAUCAGCUUCCAGUUGGGACACUACCCGGUGUAGGUUCUGUGUUGAAGGAGAAGCUGGUGAAGCAAAAUAUUCAAACCUGUGGGCAGUUACGUUUGAUUUCCAAGGAUUCUCUUAAAAAGGAUUUUGGGGUGAAAACCGGCGAGAUGCUUUGGAGUUAUAGCAGAGGACUAGACCUACGCUCAGUUACAGCGGUGCAGGAGAGUAAGUCCAUAGGGGCUGAAGUGAACUGGGGUGUGCGGUUCAGAGAUCAGCAAGAUGUUCAACACUUCCUCCAAUGCUUAUGCAAAGAAGUUUCUUUGCGUCUGCAAGGAUGUGAAAUGAUAGGACGCACUUUUACUCUUAAGAUAAAAAAGAGAAAAAAAGAUGCUGAAGAACCUACCAAGUAUAUGGGUUGUGGAGACUGUGACAAUAUGAGUCGCUCCAUCACUGUCCCUGCUGCUACAGAUGACGUAGAAGUUCUGCAGAGGAUUUCGAAGAAUUUGUUUGGGUCAUUUUGCUUGGAUGUUAAGGAAGUUCGUGGGGUUGGGCUUCAGGUUUCUAUGCUUGACAGUGCAGAUCUUUCUAAUAAAGGUACAAGGACUCUGAAAUCAUGGCUCAGCUCUGCGCCUGCAUCUGUCCAUAUAGAACAAGAUGAUAAUGUUUUUUCUGCAGCAGUCAGGGAAAACUCAGAUUAUAAUAGGCAUGCUACUGGUGGAGUUUCUAGACUCCGAGAAUCUGAAUCAGCAGAAUCUUCAAUUCAGUCAGGUGAUACAAAUUCAUCCUUACCACCCAUGUGUUAUCUUGACAUGGAAGUUCUAGAGAAUCUUCCUCCAGAGCUCCUUUCAGAAUUAGAUGGAACCUACGGAGGGAAGCUGUAUGAGUUGAUUGAGAAAAAACGAGGCAAAAGAAAGAUCAACAGCAGUUCUCCACAUAUCUACUUGGAUGGCACUGCUGCUGGCAUUAAGGAAUUAAAAUCUAUCUCAGUUAAGAUACAUGGCUUGAGCACCUCUGGGGAAAAGGAAUAUAAAGAACCGUUUGUGCCACAUUCUUCCAUUGCCAGAACGUCUAAUCAGGGUACAAUAGAAAUUACUGAUUUGAUGCCUUCAUCCCUUAGUCAAGUCGACGUCUCUGUGUUACAAGAAUUACCUGAAGAGUUAAGAGCUGAUGUAUUGGGAGCAUAUCCUGCCCACAGGAGACAACAGUCAUCAUCAGAUGUUCCCAUGGAGACUUGUAAGAAACAAGAUGAGGAACCAAUAGAUAUAAAGGGCACUGAGAAUGAAAUUGGAUUCUCAUGUAGCGCUCUCUGGUUUGGAAAUCCUCCUCUUUGGACAGAGAAGUUCAAAGUUAGUGGCAAUUGUACUUUGGAAUAUUUUUCAGAGAUAUACUACAAGGUUGCUCAGUCAAGGCCUAUGUUAUCCCCGGUCCUGCAGCAGGCUAUUUCAGAAAUCGGGAUCUUUCAUGAUGCAAGUGCCAAUGAAUUGGACAAAGCUAUUUACGAUGUGUGUGAACUUCUUAAACAGUACAUUAAGCUCAAGGUAGAAGGUGAUAUCGAGGAGAUAUAUCUCUGUUUCCGCCUUCUGAAGAGAUUAGCAGCAAGGAGCCAACUUUUCCUACAAGCCUAUGAGAUAAUGUCUCCCUUUAUUCAGGCCUCGAUCAGUGAACACUAUGGAGGAAGCUUGAGUAUACCAUGAAAGGUCUUUGCUGAGGUUAGACUGAAGUCUUGCUGAAGGCUAUAAAAGAAUGUAUCCUUGCAGUUACAUUUGUUUGCGUCCCUUCUUAUCAGUUAAGAUUCAUUGACAAUGUGGAUCCAUCCUGAAGGGAAUCAUGGUGAAUGCAUACAAAGCAGCUUAUUGGUGUGAAUUGAAAGCUCACCUUGUGGCAUUUGCAUAAUGAGAUAUGGGAGUGAUUCGAACCUCAAAGUUGCAGAGCCAUUAGGAGCCACUACUUUUCUUUGUCCAUAGGAAUGUAUAUAUAAGAAACAAACACUACACUCUGCGUAUAAUAGUACAAUUUACAAGUACAGUUUCAUUCCUUUUUU